AUGUGGGACAUCGUUGCUGGGUCUGAGGGAAAUAUCACGAGCGGAUUCACCUGGGAGCCCCAGCCGGAGCGCAGGGGCACCUUCGGCAUCAUCUCAUCAUGCUUCGUGACGCUUGCCCUGUGUACAUGGAAGAUUGUGCACCUUAACCUGCCUGGUAUGUGCCCGGAUGAGGGCCUGCCAUGGUCCGCAUGGUUCAAAAAGGGGACGACCCACAGCAUGAGGCACCGUCUCGUACACAUCUUUGGCGGCCACCAGAUCAGUAGACAGAUCGGAUGGCUGCUCAUCGGACUGUUCGCCCCAGAGUUGAUUGCGUACGCUGCCUUUAGACAGUACUGGGAUGUCAAGUCUCUGCAAGCUUUCAUGGAACGCGUCUUCUUGCAACCAGUCCAGCCGCGAAGAUGGUGGCCGGCACUGCUGAACAACCACCGGGUCCCCCGUCAAGACGCCGAGGACAGUAGUACCAAAGCCGUGUGGACGAUGACACACAGUUGGUACGCAGUUAUGGGAGGCUACAGUUACAAGCUGCGUGAAGGGCCCAAAGUGUUCCUCCCCGAUGACCACAACCGGGAUCAGCUUAUCUUGCGAGACGAAGCUCUGCGCUUCGUGGCGGAGCAUGAGCCGUCUGUGAUACCAAACCUGUCCGUUCUUGAUAUCUUGGACAAAAGCAGCUCGAGCACCUUCGUCAAGAUCAUCACCCUGUUCCAGGCCUUGUGGUUCAGCCUCCAGUGCGUUGUUCGCAUGGCUCAGGGCCUGUCCAUCUCUCUUCUGGAGCUGACAACCUUUGCACACUGUAUUGUGGCCCUCAUCAUUGGCUGGCUCUGGCUACGGAAACCUGUGGAUAUCUCGAAACCAGACCCUCUUGAUAUGCCCGACACGGUCAGCCAGCCCCACUGGCUCAUGGCGGUUCUGUACUCACUGACUAGCUUCGACCACAACGAGUCUGAUGAGGAGAGGUACACGAAGCUGGGACAAGCCGAGCAGGAUGCUGUUCAGGAUGCUGUUCAGGAUGCUGUUCAGGAUGCUGGAGAGGGCCCACGGAUGUCCACUUACUUGGACGCAACUAUCAACCAGGAUCCAAUCACCUUCAGCGACUUGAACCUGCACGGAGGCCGUCCACAAUCAUCAGCUGUCAGCAUGGGCCGUCCGGUGACAGCCGUUCCCAGCCGACCAACUACGUCGCGCCCAACACCAGCAAGCCCACAGACACACCUAUCCCCGCCGAGCCAGGACCAGGACCAGUCGACCACAGCCGGCGCGCAAAGCCUAAGCGAGCUCGUCCAAGCAGCCGCAGACCAGGAGCGCCGCUUCCGGAUCCGCAUGCAGCUCGCCCAGAAGGGGUGGGACCACUACAUCCUCGACCGGCACCCGCACGAGGAGCCCGCCAACGACGCAUCGACGACCAGCGGCGCCGCGCCGCCCUCGGUGGCAGCAGCGCAGCCCCUGAGCGGGGAGAACAGGCAGCGGCUGCAGCGCCGGCUGAAGCGAACCAUGCGCAACACCCUCGUGGACCGCGUGACCAACUUCCCGCGGCGGCGGCACGACAGCACCCCGCAGGAGCAGCACGCCUUCAAGACGCACCUGGGGAUCAGCCUGACGGGGUUCAUGUACGGGGGGCUGCACAUGCUCGCGUGGGACGCCUCGUUCACGAGCGGCGCCGAGGCGGCGAUCUGGAAGCUUGCGUCCAUCAGCCUUGCGUGCAGCGGCCUGCUCGUCCCUGUCGCGCACGCCGAGGGCGUCAUCCUGAAUGCUGUGAAGCCGUGGCUCAUGAUGGACGAGGAGGACCGGGACGCCGAGGAGGCGGAGCACCUUGCUGAGAAGGCGGCCAAGAUGGGGAGGUGGAAGCACGGGUGGAGGCGGUACUGGUGGAAGAUUUAUAAGUGGUGUUUCCUCUGGAUGAUCGAGGUCAUCCGCGUCAUCAAGGUCGUGGGGAUUGUUGUGGUUGGUUGCAUUUACCUUGGGCUGAGGUUUUUCAUCUUUGUUGAGUGCCUCGCGAAUCUGUCGCAUCUGCCGCCUUCUGCGUAUGACGUUGUGCGGUGGUCGCAAUAUGUGCCUCACAUCAGCUAA